GUAAACACAGACUUAAGAAUUCCUGAAACAACGCGAAUUCAACAAAACUGUAACUGUACUUAGUUCAGUGGUUUAUUGCACAGUGACCUUUUCUAAAAGAGGAUCCAUAAAUCAUUGCGUUUACUUACCCGAUUGCAAAAGAGAGUGUAGUGUAAUUUGUCGUCGUGCCCAUUAUUUCUGAAACAGUUACAUUAAAAUGUUAUUAUUUAUAAUCGUGCCAAGUAUAUUGUGCUGUGUUUACGCUUGGAGAAGAAGGCGAAAAUAUCUCCAAGGGAAAUUGCCGCCGAUUUCCAAUGGCGCCUGGCCCAUCGUUGGGCACAUGCAUUUGUGGGUGAAGGGACUUUUUUGGCCUCGAUUGUUGGAUAUGCAAGAAGAUUGUUUAAAACAAGGAGGCAUGACUUAUUUUUAUUCAGGGGCCAAUCAGUCAUACACUUACUAUGCAAUAUCCAACCCUAACGACUGUGAAAAAGUAGCUAAUUCGUGCACGGAAAAAGUUUUUCUACUCGAGGAUUCUUUGCAAGCAUUUUUCGGUCAGGCACUGGCAACUAAAACUACUGUUCCAGACUGGGACAAGCGUCGCACUCUUUUGGAGCCGAUGUUUGAUGCAGCAGCUCGGACGGGAGUGUGGAACCGACACGCGAAGAUCCUGGUUGAAGAGUUGGAAUCCAAAGUUGGAAAAGGAUUUUUUGAUCAGACGGAAUGCUUACAAAAUGCUGCAAUGGGAAUUUUGCUCACUAAUUAUAAAGAAACGAGUAGAGUUCCAGAAAGAAUCAGCGCCUAA